AUGACUUCAUUUGAAAUGCAAGAAUAAUACUCACUAUAGGAUUCCCUUCUGUCUGAUGUAUCUUCAAUGUCCAUUGAAUAAAGGUCGAGAAGUAGAACUCUAAACAAGACUGUUAAGUGGAAACUUGAAUAAUUUCAUGAAAAGAAUGUGAUGCAAGAGGAGCAAGAAAAAAUCCAGCGAGUCAUUAAAAUAUACGAUGAUAAUCUUAAUGAUGAACAUGGCUAAAGUGAUAGCAAUUUUUUUGAAGAAUAUUUAUCUUGGCUCCCGGUCAUUCUGCCAAAACGAGUUUGGCCUUGGAAGAUAUUUGUCGCUAUUACUACUCUAUUUGUUUUUUUCGAAGUACCUAUAUAUGUAAUGUAUGGAGAGGAAUUCUGGAAGUAACUCAUAAAUGUAGGCGGACGAUAUGCAUUAUUUUAUGGAAUCUUUAUUAUACUUUUAACAGACAUGCUUCUUGAUUUUGUGACUUCAUAUUAUAAACAUGGAAAUCUUGUAUUGGAUAAAAGAAAGAUAGCCAUGCAUUACUUUUAUGGUUAUUUUGUUUUUGAUUGCGUUGCUUUAUUCUCUUGUGUUAUUAGAUUAGCUGUUGACACUGAUCAUCUCAGAUUCAUCUUCUUCAUGUUCUAUUUUAAAUUGCCAUCUCUACUUAGAAUAGAUCAUCAAAUUGCAGAAUUAAUAUUGCUACAUAAAAGAUUAAGAACAUUCUACCAAAUCACAAAAAUGUUGAUAUUUAUGUUCUUCUGUUUCAACUUUUAUUGUUGUAUUUGGUAUGUGUUAGGCAUCUAUGGCGACAAUAUUCAUAUUAACACAUGGUUAAAUGUACCGGGUAAUUUUGGAGUGAUCAAAGACAAAUCAAUUCAUGAGAUUUAUUUUUAUUCCUUCUAUUUUAGCUUGAAUGUUCUCUCUACCACCAUGGGUUUUGGUGAUAUUUCUCCCAUGAAUAUCUAUGAAUGUUCCUUCGCUCUCUUUGGAGUAAUGUUUGCUGUAGUCGUAUUUGCUUUGAAUAUCAACAACUUUUAAAAGAUGAUGGAAGAAUACAACUCAUAUUAUAUGCAACGGUUCAAAUAAAAAGUGUCUAUUAAUAAAUUUAUGGAAUAAAAGAAUGUUCCUUCUGAAUUAAGGGAACGCAUCAGAUAAUACAUCAAUGAGCAUUGGGCUGAAGAAGGAAGCAGAGAUUAGGAAAGUGAACAAUAAGUGUUUGAAAUACUAGCACCUGAAUUAAAAUAGGAAUUGAUGUAUCAAUCUUUAGGAUAGUUUCUCUAAAGAACUAUGUUUGCUAAUCAUUUCACAAAACCUUUCCUCAAAGAAUUAGCACAGAAAAUACGAGAACAAUCUUUUUCUUAAGGAGAUGAGAUAAUUGGUGUAGGAUCUACAGAACAAACUGAUGAUUUAAGCAUAUAUUACAUUGUGGGAGGUUCAGUUAUUGUGAAACCAGGAAAUAGUGAAAUUAUUAAAAAAAAAUUAGGAUUGCAUAGUUACUUUGGAGAGUGGUCGUUCUUUACAGGUUUUCCAAGAACUGGUACGGUAAAUGCUAAAGAAUACUCUUAGGUUUAUGCAAUCACAAGAGCUGACUUUUUAGAAACACUAAGAAAAUUCCCUGAAGAUUUUGAAACAUAUUGUCAAAUAAGAGAUAAAUUAUUAUUCACUAAAGAAUACAAUUUAGUAGAAUAGCAAUGCUAUACUUGUAAUAGUACUGAACAUUAUGCUGAUUAAUGCCCAAAGACUCAUUACAUACCCUUAGUACAAGAAUUAAUUGAAGAAUCCACAGUCUUGGAUCUUAAACAGGAGAGAGUGAAAAUUUAGAGAUUUGGUAGAAAAUAGUGGGCCACUAGAGCUAAUGCAACAACUUUGAUUAAAGGGUUAAGUAAUAAUAAAUUGAAAAAGAAGGCUAAUCUUAUGCUCAAAACCUAGAGAGCUUUAAAGAAGAAUACUAUCAAAAUUGAUAAACCCUUAAUUCCUUAAUGGCAAGUCAAAGAAUUUAAGAGUUUAGAUGAAGAACAAGCAGCUAAUCCAAUGAUAGAUGACAUGACAGAGAGUUAAAAUCUUAAUACAUAACCUAUUGAUAAUGAGAUUCCUUAAAGACAAUAGCAGAGUUCAUACCUGAAAAGCUUUGCAAUUCAAACUUUGACUUCAUCUGCUAUGCAACAAUCAGCUCUAUUAAGUUCAAAAGUUAUUGAGAACCCUAAUCAAUCUUAAUCAUAAUAAAGAGAGAAUGUGAUGGCUGAGUACCAAAAGAUAGUACAGCCAACAAUCAAGACUGGAGUUGAAUAAUUUGAUGCCCCUGCUAACUACAAGAAUUACUAUAGAAAAUACAACAGUAAUAAUUAUCAAGAGUUUAAAAAUGUUAAAAUUAUAGAAAAAGAUAAAAUAUAGAAUAUGAGACAGUCAAUAAUCUUAAAAUGA